CGCUUUAGAGAACUUCAGCGGUGUUGACCGAGUAGUUUGAGGGGAUUAAGCUUUAAAUAACGCCGAGGCUUUUUAUAUUAUCCCGCGGUUACAGAUUAAACCCGAGGUUAUGCUUUGUUUUCGGAGGUUUUCAGUGACUACGCGACAAUAAUGAGCUUGAUGGAAAUCAGCGAGAACGUGAAGCUGGCCAGAGAGUACGCCUUGCUGGGGAAUUACAGCUCGGCUGUAGUCUGCUAUCAGGGGGUGCUGGAGCAGAUCAGGAGGUACAUCCUCUCUGUGAGAGAAGCAAUUGUGCAGCAGAAAUGGCAGAAGGUUUGGCAGGAGAUAAAUGAGGAGAACAAGCAUGUGAGGGACAUCAUGACCACGCUGGAGAGCUUCCAGCUGGACAACGCCCCUUCCAAGCCCAGCAGUUUCAGCCAAGAGUGCGACAUCUUGCCUGUUCAUGUCGAACAUAGGUCGUCUCCUUGUGCAGUACGCAAGGCCCCGGCGGCUUAUAAAGACGCCAAAGCUCACGGCAGCAGACUGAGCGCCGGGCCGCGCUCUCAACACCGACAAUCACCACGCCUCGUCAACGGCGAUCGAGGAAAACCACCAAAGGGAAAAGAGAAGAAGGAAAACACACCGAAGCAGAAAGAUGACAAGAACAAAGCCGAGGCGUCCGAGCCGGAGGUGAAGAGGUUCGACAGAGGAGGAGAAGACAAGGACCUGAUUGAGGCAUUGGAGCGAGACAUCAUCUCCAAAAACCCCAACGUGAAGUGGGAUGACAUUGCUGAUCUGAAGGAAGCGAAGAAGCUCCUGAAGGAGGCGGUGGUUCUGCCCAUCUGGAUGCCCGAGUUCUUUAAGGGAAUCCGGCGUCCGUGGAAGGGUGUGCUGAUGGUCGGCCCUCCCGGGACAGGAAAAACUCUGCUUGCGAAAGCUGUAGCUACAGAAUGUCGGACCACCUUCUUCAACGUCUCCUCCUCUACGCUCACCUCCAAAUACAGAGGCGAGUCAGAGAAACUUGUGCGCCUGCUGUUCGAAAUGGCCAGGUUCUACGCUCCCACAACCAUCUUCAUCGACGAGAUCGACUCCAUAUGCAGCCGCAGGGGAACUUCAGAAGAGCACGAAGCCAGCAGACGAGUCAAAGCGGAACUUCUCGUGCAAAUGGACGGUGUCGGAGGGCCAUCUGAUAAUGACCCUUCUAAGAUGGUGAUGGUCUUAGCAGCCACUAAUUUCCCCUGGGACAUCGACGAAGCCCUGAGACGCCGGCUGGAGAAAAGGAUCUACAUCCCGCUGCCUACAGCGAAGGGACGGGCCGAGCUGCUGAAGAUAAACCUGAAGGAGCUGGAGCUGGCUAACGAUGUGGAUAUGGAGAAGAUCGCAGAGCAGAUGGAGGGAUAUUCAGGUGCCGACAUCACCAUCGUCUGCAGAGACGCUUCCCUGAUGGCUAUGAGGCGGCGGAUCGAGGGUUUGAGCCCAGAGGAGAUCCGUAACAUUUCCCGAGACGAGAUGCACAUGCCCACGACCAUGGAGGAUUUCGAGACGGCCCUGAAGAAGGUGUCCAAAUCCGUCUCUGCAGUCGACCUGCAGAAAUACGAGAAGUGGAUGGCCGAGUUCGGCUCCUGCUGACGCGUCCCGACGCCAUCGUCUGGGGUAACUGGGCAGUUUGUUCCUUUUAAGCCUUGCACUUCUCCCCCAACGCUACAGUGAAUUGGGCUGGAGCUCGUUUCUGAGCCACACAAAAGAAACUCGUCAAAUCUGUUGCAUUUCCAAGAUCCUAAAUGAUUUCAGUGACAAAUUUGGAUAAUUACACAUCAUCAGAAAAGCAGUUUUUUUUUUUUUUUUUUUUUUUUUAAAGAAACAACAAAUUGCACCUUCAUCAUUUCAGCGCUUAGAAAUACAAAAAUUCAGUCACUUUAUUAGCGAUCGCUGUGGUUCACGUAGCAGACGAGGAUCCGUUAUAUGCCGUAGGGGCGAGAUUUAAUAAAUAAGUAAAUAAAAUAACCAGGCAGGUGCUUCGGACAAACAACAAAGACGACAAACGAGCACGCAGUCGUUUUGUUAAAGUCAGAUUUAUUUUAAUUGUCUUCACAUACCAAAUAUUUUAUAAUGCACAAGAACACUUUGUUUGUUUGUUUUUUAAAUUACACGACAUUCAUUCAAGGUGCCGCCUCGAUUUGUCGCAUUUCAAUUAGUGGCCUUUUUCCUAGCAAAUUAGUGUCUCUUUUUCAGUUUUGUUUUUUAAACACAGGAUUCAUUUUGUGUCUUUCCUUUUGUAAUUGACCUGACAAUGUGAUGUUUAUGAAGGUGAUAAUAAUAAAAAUGAAAAUCUUA